AUGUGGAAGAUAAUAUUUUUUCUGGUCUUGGGUUACAUCCCCCUCCAUUACUUGAACUAUGUUGUCUUGAAAGGAAACGCUCCCUUUCUAGCAUCUUUUGGGAUUGUGAUGUGCAUAGCUCUCUCUUCCUUCGGUACCUCGAAGGGAUACCAAGCCAUAGGAAGAUACAUGAUAGGAACUUCCAUAAAGACCCCGCGUGUGGGUACAAGAGCCCUCCUGGGAAUCGUCAUCUGCGAAGCAAAUUUCUUCUUUUGCUUAGUCAUGUCCAAUUUGCUCCUGGGAAAGAUAGAGAAUGUCAAAUCUUACGGGGGCCAGUUUAUAUUAUUUUCUGCUGGAUUUGUGGCUGGCGCUUGCUCCUAUUGCUCAUCGCUUGCAAGUGGGAUUAUCUGUGCAGCUAUUACAAUGAUGGAUGCAAAAGACCCUACACUUUUCUACAAGCUGGUUUUUCUAGAGGUGAUUCCGGCAGGAAUAGGCAUUCUCGGAUUGGUUCUUGGGCUUGUUUUGUCUGACAAGGCAGUAUAA